AAGGUAGUAAAUGGAAAUCAGAGAGAGAGAGACAGAGAGGUUUCAUUUGGCCUCACUAAUCUCCUCCUUUACAACCUCUCCUUUUGGUUUAGCCUCUCUCUCAAGAUCUUCACUACCACUCUAUCGGUGGGUUAAUUUGGUACAGAUUUAGAGAUGAGCAUCAGGUUUCUUUCUGGUUCCUCUCUGACUGCAGCUGUUCCUCUGCUACUUCUUGUUCUUGUUUAUAAAGCGAAUGCAAGUGGGUGUGAUUUCUUCACUGGGACAUGGGUUGUUGAUGGAUCUUACCCACCCUACAACGCCUCAGCUUGCCCCUUCAUCGAACGAGAGUUCAGUUGCCAGAAGAAUGGCCGUCCCGAUUCUUUAUACACCAAGUACAGAUGGAAGCCACUGUACUGUAAUUUACAAAGGUUUAAUGGAGUGGACUUCUUGGAAAGAUUUAGGGGGAAGAGCAUCAUGUUCGUGGGUGAUUCUCUAAGCCGAAAUCAGUGGCAAUCAUUGACAUGCAUUCUCCACUCUUCAGUGCCCAAAGCCAAAUACAAUUUAACUAGACAGGGAGACGUCUCCGUAUUUGCAUUUCCGAUCUUGCAGGAUUACGAAGUAAAAGUGAUGCUUGAUCGCAGUGUCUACUUGGUAGAUGUUGCGCGUGAAAAAAUUGGCAGGGUCUUGAAGCUUGAUUCUAUUGAAGGCAGCAAGCUAUGGAACGGCAUUGACAUGCUUAUCUUUAACACAUGGCAUUGGUGGAACCGCAGAGGACCCACGCAACCAUGGGAUUACAUUCAGGUAGGGAACGAGAUUAAGAAGGACAUGGAUCGUAUGCUUGCUUUUGAGACGGCACUGACUACAUGGGCUAAAUGGGUGGAUUCAAACGUUGAUCCUGCUAAAACCCUGGUUUUCUUCCAAGGAAUCUCUCCUUCUCAUUACAAUGGGACCCUAUGGGAUGAACCAAGCGCUAAGAGUUGUGCGGGGCAGAAGCAACCAGUCGCCGGCUCAACAUAUCCGGGAGGGUUGCCACCGCCUGUAGAGGUUCUGAAAGGUGUUUUAAGCAGGAUUACGAAGCCUGUCACUCUGCUCGAUGUAACACUCCUCUCUCUGCUACGAAAGGAUGGACACCCUUCAAUUUAUGGUCUAGGUGGGUCGACCGGACUGGACUGCAGUCAUUGGUGUCUUCCCGGUGUGCCUGAUACUUGGAAUGAAAUCCUUUACAAUCUAAUUAUACGUUGAAAAUACAUAAAAAUUUAUUUAGGAUGAGGAAGUUGAACAAUUUCUUACAUGAAUUAUAUGGGGCAUUCAUAUUUUUCUGAGAAAGUAUCAGAAACGUCGAGAACUCAUACAUUCUUGCAUUCCUUUUAACCCUUUCACAAUCUGUCCUUGAAUUCAGCAACAUUUGUAUUAGAUGUUCUUAAGAAUCAAUUUUUAA